CGACCAGAAUUAUACAUGGUACUCCCAAUAUGGCGUCUGAGCUAGGUGACCCAGGUUCAAGUAGCAUCUGAUCCAGAAGUAUGCCUGAACAUAUUGAUUUAAAAAUAUAUCUACCAGUCAGCGCCUUCAAUCUAACAUCGGUCUUGUUAUUCCGUCCUUUUCGAAUUUAUCUAGAUUGGGUCCUGGGCUCUAUAAAAACUUGCCAAUCCGGCUGCUGACGUACGAAUUUUUUUAAAAACUUGAUUUGCAGGAGGUGUGUGUCGCUGGCUCGGUCCAGUGUUUCUUACCGUCGAGAAAACGACGGUGAGCCGCCUCGAAUCUAAAAAUUAAAAUAUACAGCAGCAAGGAGAGCGGGUGUUAGGGUCUGUAACCUUUGACCUGUGUCCUCGACGGUCGCCGCUCGAGCCGGAGAAGCACGGAGACAGAGACUCGAUCUGCCACAAUGGUGUCCUCCAAGAGGCUUGCAGAUAUUGGGUACAGAAUGUUCUCUGGAUCAAUGAUAUUACUGACAAUAUAUGGUGGUUAUCUGUGUAGUGCCCGUGCCUACCGCUACUUCCAGAGACAAAAGGCUUUAAAGGCAGCAGCUGAAGACCAAGUCAAUGAAAUGAUAAAGGACUAAUAGCAGUCUCUACAUCAGACUGCAGAAGCAACUGUUGUGACAAAAAUGAAUGCUAUUUAAUAUUAUGUGACUACUAGAAUCAAGUUUUCCUAGUAGUCUUAAUCCUCCUCUUUAAUAGUUGCUUGAAAAUUUUCCAAUGGAUUGUAUGUGUAACAUUGCCCACUCGUUUAAGUUUUGAGUUUCUGGCUCCUCCAAACCAGAAAACUGAAUUUCAGCCUUGAUUUUUCACAUUUGAAAAGCCAUUUCCUUCAAUAGUCAGUUGCUUUUUUAACCCAGUAACCCAGGUAAUCGAGUUCAGUGUCAGGAUGGUGCAGAACAUGUAUUUGGCAACCUUUCCACACACAGGAUUUGUAACAAUGGGUAGCAUCCUGCCUAUGAACCAGAGAUUCUGGGUUCAAGUACUGCUCCAGGACCCAAUGAUGAAGGAAGAUGUGUAGAUAACUGGGACAAACAUAGGCCCUGUUACUGUUCUUGUGAAAACAUUGGCAUUGAUGCACAUACAAACUAAAUUUGCAUCAAGAAAUGUACAUUAGCAAAGUAUUGAUAUUGAAGCAAUCAGUAACCAAGUCUUGUAAUUGACUUUGAACAUUAAAAAUUCUCCUUUCAUUCUCACUGUAGACUUCUUUGAGGUGCACUUCUAUCAGCUCCAGUUGCCCUUUAAUGGUGGUGGGGGCUGGGGUCAGGACCCUAGUGGGUUGAAAACUGAGGCAGCAAUGUCCCAUUUGGAGCCAAAUCCUUAUGAGCGCUACAUUAAAAUUGAAUCAAGUCUUGACAUUUCAUGGAAAGAAGUAGUUGAACAGUGACAAUUCAGUUCCGAUGUCCCAAUUUGCAGUAACUGGGCCUCAAAAUAUAAAAUCUCAAUGGAAUUUCAGUUAAAUGGUGAGAAAAUGAAAUAGCACCAUUCAAUACAAAUAUUUAGUGACACUUUUAUUGCAGUGUAUCCAGUAAAAAACACAUUGAAUUAACAACAAACAGAAAAACCUCCACCAAAUACAUCCAUAACUUGUCAUUUCACAAAGUCUAUAUCAACAGAAAUUGAUGCAUUGAUUUAAAAUGAAAGACUAUUUAUUUCUGAUUAUUACUACAAUUGUCCUCCUUCCCUAACUCACUCGUAUCACUAAAGCUACUCAUCAAAAUCACUCAAGUGUUUCUGACUAUGCUGCCUCUUGUGAUAAGCUGGUUGGGACUUCAGGAACCAUGUUGCAAGGUUUGAGAAAAAAUGCACAGUAAAACUGCGAAAUAACUUUCUACAGUAAUGCUAAACAGUUAAACAUGAAAACAAACCAAGACAUUGGAUGCCUCAUCCAACCAGAACAACCUCAAAAGCUUUCAUUGGCUUUUGAUUCCCCCAGUCAGUUCAGGCACCAGUUUUAUAGGUGAUCACUUCAAUUAUCUUGCCAUCUGAUAAGAUAUUUUCUACAAUGUGUACUCAACAUGCUCUCAGCAAAUUAGCAUUGCCCCCAUGCGAUGCAAACACUCCAGGAUGAUGGUGGGUGUUCUUGCUAUCACUCAAAAGCAGUGGCAAAACCUUUGCUGGGGUACAGCUUUUCACAUCUGCCCACCAUCUGUUACAGGUCAUUCUGCUAUAACAUGCAUUUCGUUAAAACAAAUGUACUGUAAUGAGAUUGUCAAAUUGGGGGCACUGUUUCUAAAGCUUGAACAUUUAAAACUUAGUGUUUGCAAUGUCAAGUGCAAUUUUUCUGUAAUCCAGAGUUGCACAAGAACACAACCAUUGCAUUAAAGAACUACUUAAACCUUACACUACAGUAGUAAUUCGACAAAUUGAAACACUAGCUGGUCUCCUUUGUAGCCCAGAAGGCAGAAAAGAUCAGUUGUACCCUUUCCUUCCCUCCUCCACCCGACAAGAUUAGUUAAGACCCUAUUGACCAGUGAUUGAACGGGGGGGAAGCACUCUGACGCAUGGCUCAGUUCCAUAGCAGCUUAUAAUGUCAUCUACUGCAUCUUCAGGGUUUCUUUAAAAGGAAAAAAGAAUAAUUCUUUACAUUCCAGAAUAAUUUUUCUUUUCUUUAAAUUUCUGGCACCUCAUGGCAAACUCUAAAUGCCAGAGAACAUGGGGCAUCAUUGCUGCCAUGAUACUGGACUCCACAGAGAGAGAGAGAGAGAGAGAGA